CUUCGCUCCAUGCAAAGGCGCGAUCUGGCACGGCCGUUUCCACCAGCCAAUGAUUCCCGCCAGCCUAUCAUCACCCACUUCCUUCACAUUGCCUCCUCCUUCGGCCCGCCGUAUCACAGGCCCCCUACAGUAUUUUGUUAGUAACCCUUCGUCCCUUCAGACUGCGCACGCUCAGUCACGGACGUCGGAGCGCAUGCGCAGUAGCGUGAUCCCCGGGUGGUCGCUUAGCACGUGGGCUAGGCUGUCCCUUUUGGCCACAGAAGGACGUAGGACCUCGCUUUUGUUGGUGUCCAUCGCGCGCAGCGGACUAGUAAGGGCCAUGGCGCCGGCAGGAAUCCUGAACGGGAAGGUGGUCUCCGCGCAAAUAAGGGAGAGACUGAAGAACCAAGUCACUCAGAUGAAGGAGCAAGUACCUGGGUUCACACCAGGCCUAGCAAUUUUGCAGGUUGGCAACAGAGAUGAUUCAAAUCUUUAUAUAAAUGUGAAGCUGAAGGCUGCUGAAGAGAUUGGGAUAAAAGCCACUCACACUAAGUUACCAAGAACAGCCACAGAAUCCGAGGUGUUAAAGUGCAUCAUAUCUUUGAAUGAAGACUCCACUGUGCAUGGAUUGCUAGUGCAGCUCCCUUUAGACUCAGAGAAUCCCAUUAACACUGAAACAGUGAUCAAUACCAUUGUACCCGAAAAGGACGUGGAUGGAUUGACUAGCAUCAGUGCUGGAAAACUUGCUAGAGGUGACCUAAAUGACUGUUUCAUUCCUUGUACACCUAAAGGAUGCUUGGAACUCAUCAAAGAGACAGGGGUGCAGAUUGCCGGAAGGCAUGCUGUGGUUGUUGGGCGCAGUAAAAUAGUUGGUGCCCCGAUGCAUGACUUGCUUCUGUGGAACAAUGCCACAGUGACCACUUGCCACUCAAAGACUGCCAAUCUGGAUGAGGAGGUAAGUAAAGGUGAUAUCCUGGUGGUUGCAACUGGUCGGCCAGAAAUGGUGAAAGGGGAGUGGAUUAAACCCGGGGCAGUCGUCAUCGACUGUGGAAUCAAUUAUGUUCCAGAUGAUACAAAACCGAACGGGAGAAAAGUUGUGGGUGACGUGGCAUACAACGAGGCCAAAGAGAGGGCAGGCUUCAUCACCCCUGUUCCUGGCGGUGUCGGGCCCAUGACGGUGGCAAUGCUAAUGCAGAGCACAGUGGAGAGUGCAAAACGUUUCCUGGAGAAAUUUAAGCCGGGAGAGUGGGUGAUUCAGUAUAACAGCCUUAACCUCAAGACACCUGUCCCUAGUGACAUUGAUAUAUCACGAGCUUACAAACCAAAGCCCAUUGGUAACCUGGCUCGAGAAAUUGGUCUGCUCUCUGAAGAGGUGGAAUUGUAUGGUGAAACCAAGGCCAAGGUUCUGCUUUCAGCGCUAGAACGCCUCAGGCAUCAGCCUGAUGGAAAAUAUGUGGUGGUGACGGGAAUAACUCCAACACCCCUGGGAGAAGGGAAAAGCACGACGACAAUUGGGCUGGUACAAGCCCUUGGUGCCUACCUUCAUCAGAAUGUAUUUGCGUGUGUACGACAGCCUUCUCAGGGCCCGACCUUUGGAAUAAAAGGUGGCGCUGCAGGAGGUGGCUACUCGCAGGUUAUUCCCAUGGAAGAGUUUAAUCUCCACCUCACAGGGGACAUCCAUGCCAUCACUGCAGCUAAUAACCUCGUUGCUGCAGCCAUCGAUGCCCGGAUGUUCCAUGAACUGACACAGACAGACAAGGCUCUCUUUAAUCGUUUGGUACCAUCAGUAAAUGGAGUGAGAAAGUUCUCUGAUAUUCAAAUUCGAAGGCUACGGAGACUAGGCAUUGAAAAGACCGACCCUACCACACUGACAGAUGAAGAGAUAAACAGAUUUGCAAGACUGGAUAUUGAUCCGGAAACCAUAACUUGGCAGAGAGUGUUGGAUACCAAUGAUAGAUUCCUGAGGAAGAUCACAAUUGGACAGGCUCCAACGGAGAAAGGGUACACGCGGACGGCCCAGUUUGAUAUCUCUGUGGCCAGUGAAAUCAUGGCUGUCCUGGCUCUCACCACUUCUCUAGAAGACAUGAGAGAGAGACUGGGCAAAAUGGUGGUAGCUUCCAACAAGAAAGGGGAGCCCAUCAGUGCUGAAGACCUGGGGGUGAGUGGUGCAUUGACGGUGCUUAUGAAGGAUGCUAUCAAGCCCAACCUCAUGCAGACCCUGGAGGGCACUCCAGUGUUUGUUCAUGCUGGACCGUUUGCCAACAUUGCACAUGGGAAUUCCUCUAUCAUAGCAGACCGGAUUGCACUCAAACUUGUUGGCCCUGAAGGGUUUGUAGUGACUGAAGCAGGAUUCGGAGCCGACAUUGGAAUGGAAAAGUUUUUUAACAUCAAAUGCCGAUAUUCUGGUCUCCGCCCUCACGUUGUGGUGCUUGUUGCCACUGUCAGGGCUCUUAAAAUGCACGGGGGCGGCCCCACGGUCACGGCUGGACUGCCUCUGCCCAAGGCUUACGCAGAGGAGAACCUGGAGCUGGUUGAAAAAGGCUUCAGUAACUUGAAGAAACAAAUUGAAAACGCCAAACUCUUCGGAGUCCCGGUAGUGGUGGCUGUGAAUGUAUUCAAGACGGACACGGAGGCUGAGCUGGACCUCGUCAGCCGCCUUGCCAAAGAACAUGGGGCUUUUGAUGCUGUGAAGUGCACUCACUGGGCAGAAGGGGGCAAGGGAGCCUUAGCCCUGGCUAACGCCGUCCAGAGAGCAGCACAGGCCCCCAGCAGCUUCCAGCUCCUUUAUGACCUCAAGCUCCCAGUUGAGGAUAAGAUCAGGAUCAUCGCACAGAAAAUCUACGGGGCAGACGACAUUGAAUUGCUCCCCGAAGCCCAGCAAAAAGCCGAAGUCUACACGAAGCAGGGCUUUGGGGAUCUACCCAUCUGCAUGGCGAAAACACACUUGUCCCUGUCUCAUAACCCAGAGCUAAAAGGUGUGCCGAAAGGCUUUGUGCUGCCCAUCCGCGACAUCCGCGCCAGCGUGGGGGCUGGUUUUCUGUACCCCUUAGUAGGAACGAUGAGCACGAUGCCUGGACUCCCCACCCGGCCCUGUUUCUAUGAUAUUGAUUUGGACCCUGAAACCAAGCAGGUGAAUGGGCUCUUCUAAGCAGAUUGUCCAUCUUCAAGAAGCUACUUUGAAAGUUUGACCAGUGUCUCUUCUGUGCCUGCUAUAAGCUGGGAGGUGUGGGGAAGCCGAGAGAAGUCAGCCCCUGCCCCGAAGAUCUGAAAUACACUGUGGGAGUUUCUCUGGAAGCCUUCCUUUGGUCUUAGUUCCCAUUUUCAUGUAUAAAUUAACAUAAAUCAUGCACAUGUCUAUUUAGUGAAAUUCCAUAGAAUAAAAUGAAGUAAUUUUGCUAUCACAGUGUUUAAAUAUAAACUGGAGCUUUUAUAAACUAUGCAGUAAUAUCUCUGCCGUCCUGUGUGAGCCCAUUUGUUAGACAGAUUCCUGGGAGUGAAAAAGCAAGUUGCAGUACGUACAGUAUGAUACUGUUUGUGUUUAUGGGGAAAACGUGUGUCUGCUUGGAUAUUUCUGGGAGGGCCCAUAGUCAGGAGACCACCUGAGAUGGUUAGGAUGGAUGUAGAGUGUAGAGGGGGACUUGCCUUUUUGCCAUAUACCUAUGUUUUUUUUUUAAUUUUCAUCAAGGAAGUGUUGCUCAUACAGGUUUUAGUCCUGACCUUCCUUGGAACUCUCAUUUCUAUCAUAGCUUUAGCACCAUUUCCUGUAUUUUAUUUUUAAAUUAAUAGACUUUGCACCGUUUAUUUUUAAAUUUCCCAAGAAGAGUGGUCAUAUAUCACUAACCUUACUUAGUUAUGUAUCACUAACCUUUCUACCCUUUUGGCUCAGCAAAUAUUUAUUUAGCUUCUGCUGUGUGCCUGGGCUCUCCCCUUCCCUGCUGAAGAUUUCUUCUCAAAUAGCCCUUCUUCUCCUCUUGUUCUUUAUCCUCUGUAUGUUUUUCCUCUCCCAUUUUUUUACUCUCUUUUCAAACCCCUUGUCUUCCUGCUUUAGAUCCUUCCAGAGGACAUUGCAUCCUCAUGGGUACCAGUGCUAAACACUACUGACCUUGGCAUGUAUUAUGUUUUUCCUGGUGUCCUUGGUUUUAUUGUUUUUAAUCCUCUGGAUUCACAUCAGUGUUGUAGUUCAGUCACUUUUACAGUCCAAAGGAAUGGGAGCAGUGCUUUCGGAGGUGUAUGGCAAAGGGGUCAUGAGUAGUACAGAGCCUGGUUUUACUGCUUAGAGCCUUACUCAUCUCUCUGCCUCCAUUUCCUCACCAUGGAAGUGUGGGCACUGUUGAUAAACACCUCAUGAGGGUGGUUGUGAAGAUAAAGAAACAAGCCAGCGAAGACAAUUUGCACAGUGCCUGGCACAUUGUAAGCACUCAGUAUUGUCAGAUACAUCCAAAGCAUCACUUGGGUCCUGUUCGCACGGAAAUGCAGAGUUCCUU